CGCGGAGUUUGUGUUUAGUAUUAAUUACAUUCUCCAGAGGAGAGGAAAAGCGGUGCAGAGAAUUCGGGUAACCUGAAAGAAAGUAAAAAAGCAAUAGACAUGGCCAGUCUGAGCAUUAAGCCAGGCCUCCGCUGCACCGUGCCUGACUGGAUAAACAGCAAUAAUGAGAUCUCAGCCACUGCCAAGCACACGAGACACCUAUCUCACCAGGCCCGUAUGGAGGGCAGGGCUCUGUGCAACGAGACCGCCAACAAGACAACGUGGGGUGAAUAUGAUAGCAAUCGUCGACUGAGCGACAGGAUUAGUGACAUCACGGAUUGGAAGAAGAGUCUGGAAGCCUGUGCAGAGGAAGUGGAUGCAGAGAUGGACGCUCUCACACUAACGAAGGAAGCAGCAGAACGUGCCCUUGCAGCCACAAUGUUACCCCUAGAGGUCACUAAGGAGUGUUUGACCUUGAGAGAGGGUCGUCGGGGAAACGAGCUGGUCAGCGACCCAGUGGAAGCAGAGCUGAAGAAAGAGGUGGAGGUGAUCGAUAAGGCACAACAGGUCCUGCAGCAGAGUAUUGAGCAAGCCUUUAAACAGCUUUGUUUGCUGCAGGAAGCCCGUCAUCAACUGACUCUUGACCUCCAGCAUAAGGUGGAGGCUUUGGAUAUAGACAUGUCAUGCCUUUCGCUCACGGUGACAUCGCCUGAGAUCUCCCUGAAGCCCAAUCCCACCAGAAUUCCUCCUGGUUCCACAACCCCUGAGCAAUGGCUGCAGUUUAGCCAGCACAAUAUAAUCCAAGCAAAAGAGGAAAUGCAGGCUUCUCUGCAUCUGAGAGAGAAUAUCAAUGUCACUAUAGCACAGGUACAAAACGAAUUAGAGUCUCAGCGCAUAGCCACGCGAUUCGCCUCCCGGAAGCGCACGCAUCAGCUGGAGCAGGCUCACCAGGAGCUCCAGUGGCAGAUAAAAAGUAGUCAGGAUGAAAUUAAUGAGCUGAAGGAAGACAUCCUCAGACUGGAGAGAGACUUGCAAGCCAAGAUGGCGCCACUAAAACUGGCCCACACGCGCUUGGAGUACAGGACCAGGAGGCCCGGGGUGGACCUAUGCAGAGACGAGGCACAGCACGGGCUGGUUGAGGAAACCCAUCAGCUUAACUCCUCGAUUUUGGCUCUGAAACAGAAGCUUGCACAGGCUCGGGAAUCACUUCAGUCUCUGCAGCUACAUGAAGCUCGGAUGCUUGAGGAUCUCAGACGUAAACAAGAAGCUAUAUCUCUUGAGCAACGAAGCAUGCAAACGCACCAGAUCAUCAACUCGGCACAAAGCGAAUUUGAACCCUCAGCCGCAGUGCCUCUCACCAACUCCAGCGGCAUGCACAAGCUCCAGCUGAAAUACACAGACUCGGCCUGAGAUCUCUGUCCCAUUCCUUAUUAGAUACAACAAAUAACUCAAUAGACCUGGCUUUGUGUGAGUGUGUGUACUGUAUGUGGAAUGCACAUACGGAUAUAUUAUUAUAUAGUAUUAUAUAUUAUUAUAUAGUCUAUACAGUCAAUUUCCCAUUGUAGAAAAAUCAUUUUUAGUCUCAUUUUUUUUUUAUCAGGCUAUUUGGAGCUUAUGUUUUUGUUUGUACCUGUUAUUUGUAGGGAUUCAUUAAAAGAAACUCUAGCAUCAUAAUUGAAGCCGCUGUCACCCUGAUCAGGCAGAUCCGAGGCUAAACAAAUGAACCUUAUAAAUGCAACAUAAAUGUAACUUCAACUUACAAUCAUGUUAACCAGCAUAGUCGUUCUAUAUAACUGUUAUCCUUAGCAAGAGUAAAAGACGCUUUGCUAAUCUUUCAUCUAAAGCAAAUACA